UCUUCUUCAAUUUUUUGCAUUCAAAGUCAAAUCACGAGCCGCGCUCUACAGUGCACAGUAACUCAACUCUUUUGCAGCUUUAAAUUGCCGAUGGCAACUGCAUUCACUUCCAUACGCGGAGAAGCAUCAAUUUCACUGCUCAAUUUCAGCCGCUCCCUUCCUUUUUCAUUGCUCUUCUCCUUUUCCCUUCACCGAUUGCGAUAUCAUAAUUUAUUGCCUUCUUCCCUGCUUCUUCUGACACUAAUCUUUUUUGUUUUCCCCCAAUUUCCCCAUUUUUAUAUUCUGGGGCUGCUGGAUUUUCCGCUUCCUACAUGUGGAGUGGUAUAUGCUUUCCCCACCAAGCACAAGAAUCCGCUCAAUUUCUCGAUCCGUUUGCGAGAUUUUAGGGAUGGGUGAUUUCACUUCUUUUGUCUUUGGUUUAGUACUGCCUCCGUACCCUUUGAGUUUCUGAUGGGUCUUUUAUGGGAAAGGUUUGUGUGAGGGGACUGAAACGAGGAGGAAGUUAGAGAGUGUAGUCAAGGUGUUUGAUAAAAGUCCUGAGUGAAGAUAUGGAUUCUGGUAAUGGGUUUUAUUCAACUGGUGAAUUCAAUUUGGAUGCCAAAUGGUUGAUUGAUCCUAAGCAUCUUUUUGUUGGGCCGAAGAUUGGGGAAGGUGCCCAUGCCAAGGUGUAUGAGGGAAAGUACAAAAAUCAGAUUGUGGCUAUUAAAAUGGUGGGUAAAGGAGAUACUCCUGAGAGGAUAGCUAGAAGAGAAGCUCGGUUUGCUAGAGAGGUUGCAAUGUUGUCCAAAGUGCAACACAAGAACUUAGUGAAGUUUAUUGGCGCUUGCAAGGAACCUAUGAUGGUUAUAGUGACCGAAUUACUUACAGGUGGAACAUUGCGCAAAUACCUCUUGAAUUUGAGGCCAAGGAGCCUGGAACUUGACGUUGCGAUCGGGUUUGCGCUUGAUAUUGCUCGUGCAGUGGAGUGUUUACACUCCCAUGGAAUCAUUCACCGUGACCUUAAACCAGAGAACUUGAUAUUGACUGCAGACCAUAAAACAGUUAAGCUUGCUGAUUUUGGUUUGGCUAGAGAAGAAUCAGUCACAGAGAUGAUGACUGCAGAAACAGGAACAUAUAGAUGGAUGGCUCCGGAGCUCUAUAGCACAGUAACUUUAAAACAUGGAGAUAAAAAGCAUUACAAUCAUAAAGUUGAUGCUUACAGCUUUGCCAUUGUAUUGUGGGAGCUCAUUCUUAACAGGUUGCCUUUCGAAGGCAUGUCGAAUUUACAGGCGGCAUAUGCAGCUGCUUUUAAGAACAUGAGGCCUAGUGCUGAAAAUCUUCCAGAAGACUUGGCUUUAAUAGUGACAUCAUGUUGGAGAGAGGAUCCAAAUACAAGGCCAAACUUCAGCCAGAUUAUACAGAUGCUAUUGCAGUCCCUUUCUAAAAUAUCACCACGAGCACCUGCGAUCCCACCUCGGAUAUGUGCUGAAGAUGUCGUUAUGCCACCCGAAUCUCCCAGUACAAAUUCCUUGAUGGCUGUAAGGCACGGCUCGGGGGAAGCGUCACACGGCAUGAUCGAAGAAAACCCAACAAGCUCCUUCUUCUGCUUUAACAAGUGUUACUGAUCCAAAGGCACAGUUCGACUUAUGUAGAUUUAGUUCUCUGAGAAUGCCCAAUAAGCCAAACAGUAAAAUGUAAGAAAGUUUGGGAUUACUGUCAACUCAAGAAAAAGUUUGAGAAUCUUAGCUUUUUCCAAGAGAUGUGUAGGAUCAUUGAGUGCUGGCACACCCAUCUUUCCAACAAUCAAGAAUCUUGGCAUGUAAUGUUUCUGAAUUCUAUUGGGAAUUAGAUAAUGAGAAAUUCAAUGAUCA